AAUACAGAUCUCUCUUAUUCGAUGUAGGAGCGUUGGUGUCUAAGACUAGCUGGAUUUCGCGAAGGAUUUUUUUUAUUAUUCCAAAAUCGUUUCUAUCGUAGCGUUAAGUCCGAACUCUGGAUUUUCAAGAUGGAUUGUUUGCGCUCGCGGUAUGAUGGUCACGGUCGUCGAAAGACGGCUCAGCCAAAAUGGCAGACCGUGUUUUUCUUUCUCUGUGUUUACGGGAUGGACGUCGUCUUUUGCCAAGCGCGCUAUUCCAUCCCGGAGGAGAUGCCAGAGGGAUCCUUUGUGGGCAACAUCGCCAAGGAUCUGGGAAUCGAGAUAAGUAGACUGAUUUCGGGAAAAGCUCGCGUUGUAACAAAGGGCGGUCGCCAGUAUGUGGAACUGAGCAGAGACAAAGGCGCUCUGGUAGUGAAGGAGAGGAUAGACCGAGAGGAGCUCUGUAAGCAAACAACGCCCUGCAGCUUCAGCUUUGAUCUGAUCAUUGAGAACCCGAUUCAGCUUCAUCGAAUCACAGUUGAGGUGCAGGAUAUAAAUGACAAUGCGCCAAUAUUUCCUAAAGGUGCCGUCAACCUGGAAAUUAGCGAAAAUACAGUAUCUGGGGCACGCUUCCCCUUAGACAGCGCUGUAGAUAUGGACGUAGGUAUCAAUGGAAUUCAAAGUUAUGCACUUUCUCCCACCGAUAACUUCAAACUAGAAAUAAAUAGCCAGUCAGAUGGAAGCAAACAUGUAGAAAUGGUUUUGCAGGGUGAACUUGAUCGGGAGGAACAUGAUGAGCUAUAUUUAGUUCUAAUAGCGUCCGAUGGAGGAUCGCCUAGAAAAUCUGGCACAGUUCGAAUCCAUGUUACUGUACUAGAUGUCAAUGAUAACGCUCCGGUGUGUAAGCAGGCUGUGUAUAAAAUUGAUGUCAUGGAAAAUUCUCCAGUUGGUACUGUGUUAACGACUGUAAACGCUGUCGAUGCUGAUGAAGGAAUAAAUGGACAGAUCUCAUACUCUAUUGCUCAAGCUAGCAAGGAGGCAAGGGAAUUAUAUGAAAUAAAUCAAGUUACAGGAGAAAUUACAACAUUAAAUAGUUUAGAUUAUGAAGAUGAAAGAAGUUAUAUACUAAAUAUAAAGGCAAAGGAUAAAGGAGGUCUAGCCAAUACGUGUAAAGUGGUCAUAGACGUUGUUGAUGUGAACGAUAAUCCUCCCACCAUUCAGCUCAUGUCAUUUUCUAACACCAUCGCUGAGAAUUCUCCAGUAGGAACCACCGUAGCUGUUAUUAAUGUAGAGGACGCAGAUUCUGGUCAAAACGGAGUCGUGCAGUGCAAAAUAAAUGAACAUAUACCGUUUAAAAUAGAGUCAUCACUCACUGAUUACUAUGCACUGGUAACUGAUGAAAUUCUUGAUCGAGAAAAUAUUGCAGAAUAUAACAUCACCAUAUUGGUCAGCGAUCAGGGAAGUCCAGCUCUACACAGUAAUAAAACACUAACUGUUAAGAUUUCAGAUGUGAAUGAUAACGCACCCGUUUUCGGUUCUGAUCAGUUCAGAACCUUUAUUACUGAAAACAAUUCACCAGGUGUGGCUGUGCGGACCGUUAAAGCAGGCGAUGCUGACUGGGGCCCAAACGCGCGAUUGUCGUAUUUCUUGGAGGACAGUGACGUAAUGGGCAACCCAGUCAGUUCUUUGGUGUCCAUUAAUUCAGAUAGCGGAGUUAUACAUGCUGUGAGGUCAUUUGAUUAUGAACAGAUGAAGAGUUUGACCUUUAACGUGACAGCGCGAGACGGUGGAUCCCCUCCAUUAAGUUCUGAAGUUAUGGUGACGAUCAUUGUUCAAGACCAGAACGACAACGCUCCUCAGGUUCUGUACCCAGUACAGACUGGUGGCUCUGUGGUGGCUGAGAUUGUGCCUCGUUCAGCAGAUGUUGGCUAUCUGGUCACCAAAGUGGUGGCUGUUGAUGUGGACUCUGGACAGAAUGCCUGGCUCUCCUACAAACUCCAGAAAGCCACAGACAGGGCGCUGUUUGAAGUGGGCCCACAGAAUGGAGAGAUACGGACUGUGCGCCAGGUCACUGAUAAAGAUGCAGUGAAACAGAAGCUCACUGUUGUUGUGGAGGAUAACGGACAGCCGUCUCGCUCAGCUGUAGUGAACAUCAAUGUAGCUGUAGCGGACAGUUUCCCUGAAGUGGUCUCGGAGUUCUCGGACUUUACGCUCAGUAAAGAAUACAACGAUAACCUGACUUUUUACUUAGUUUUAGCUCUGGCUGCUGUUUCUUUCCUGUUCAUCACUACUGUAGUAGUUAUAAUAUCAGUGAAGAUCUACAGAUGGAGACAGUCUCGUAUUUUCUAUCAGUCCAGUCUCCCAGUUAUUCCAUACUAUCCACCCGGUUACGCAGACACAGGAGUUACUGGAACUCUGCCGCACAUGUACAAUUAUGACGUCUGUAUGACGACCAACUCGAGGAAAAGUGACUGUAAAUAUUCUACACUUGGUGGUCAGAGUGUUUUAGUGGUGGACCAGAGUUUCUCAGAGACUCUGCAGCGCGCGAUGAAGGAGAAGGAAUUCCUGGAAAAUGCAGAAUCUCCGGAAAUGAGGAACAUCGUCAUAGUCCCUCCUCCGGUCUCACACUGA